AUGUCUGAGUAUAAUCAGAACUCAAACAAUGAUACGUUUCUUUCACGAGUGUUUGGUCUUCACUCGGUAUAUAACCAAUUACAGGACGAGUAUCAAUAUUAUGACCCUGAUGUUGAUUAUCAGCAGUCAUUCGUGAAUGGUGGUGCCUCGUCCAGUCACGUACGUAACGAAGGUAAUGAAAAUGCAAACAACGGAAAUACCCAUUUGUUGGAUUCUGAAUCAGAUCUGGAUUCGUCACUGUCGCUUUCAUCGCCACCGUCACCCAUAGUAGCGUUCACGGGCAAGGAGCACAAUCCAAUCGAAGAUUCGGCUCAGGUGCACUGGGAUACGACCCACCCACAUUAUGGCCAAGAUGAUGAUAUAACUGCUAGCAUACCCAAUGAUCCGCCCAAAAAGAACAUGGUUGAUACUGCGAAAACCUACAUUAACAACAAAUUGCAUCCAACCAAUGGUUCUCUACCAAUGUAUAACCAGCCACAACAAUUUCGUAGGCCACAACCCGAGGGACCAUCGGCUCAAACAAUUUAUCAAAAAAAGCAGCAUAAGUCUAAGAAGAAGUAUGUAAUUCCUCCCAAAGAGCGGGCUCUCUACUUAUGGGCGAAUAUAACUAAUAUGGACGAAUUCUUGACUGACGUUUAUUAUUAUUACAGAGGUAAUGGAAUGCUCAAUAUUGUUUUAACUAGAUUAGUUGAUUUAUUGAUAUUGAUUUUCAUAUUGUCAUUCACUGUGUUCUUAAAAUGGGGCAUAAAUUAUGACUUCUUUGUGUCUGCUUCAAGUGAACGGACAUCUAUUACUUUGAAAGACUUAAUAAUACCUAAUUUUCUUAGUAAGAAGGUACCUCUUUCAGUUAAAUUGUUACUAUUGGGAUUUUCUGGAUAUAUUGUUUUGCGAUUGGUCCAGUUGUACUUUGACUACAACUACAAGUUAAAAGAAGUUAAAAAUUUCUAUCAUUACUUGAUAGGAAUUCCAAAUGAUGACGAAUUAAUGACCAUCUCAUGGAUCGUUAUAGUCGAAAGGUUAAUGGCAUUGAAAGAUUACAAUAGCUUAACAUCUACGAAUACCAAUAUACCUGCUCAAUUUUUGAAUGACUUAAACUCAAAGGUUAGAUUGAAUGCUCAUGAUAUUGCCAAUAGAAUUAUGAGAAAGGAAAAUUAUAUUAUUGCAUUGAUUAAUAAAGAAGUAUUGGACUUGUCAUUAUCGAUGCCAUUCUCAUCAAAAUUGAAUAGUUUCUUAUCAAAUAAAUCGGUAUUGACAAAAACUUUGGAGUGGAAUAUUAAGUUGUGUAUUAAUAAUUUUAUUUUCAACCAACAUGGCCAAAUAAAUUCUAACGUCUUGAAGGAUUUUAACAGAAAUCAAUUGUCAAAAGAGCUAAGUGCACGAUUUAAAAUGGCUGCAAUAAUAAAUUUGCUUUUAUGCCCUUUCAUUGUUAUUUAUUUCGUGCUAUUAUAUUUCUUUCGUUAUUUCAAUGAGUAUAAAUCAAAUCCUAGUUCCAUCUUAGGUUUAAGACAGUAUACACCAUGGGCAGAAUGGAAACUUAGAGAAUUCAAUGAAUUGCCUCAUUUCUUCAUCAAAAGAUUACACUUGUCGAUAGGUCCCGCAAAUAUUUAUAUCAAUCAGUUUCCUAGGGGAUUUUUGGUAAUCAACUUGAUGAAUUUUGUGAAUUUUGUUUCCGGGGCUAUAACAGCAAUACUAGUUUUAAUGGGGCUCUGGUUUGAUAAUGAAGAGCACAAUUUUUGGUCUUUUGAAAUCACUGAAAACAAAUCAAGUUUGUUCUAUAUUAGUAUGUUUGGUACUGUUUGGGCCAUUACAUCAAGUUCCUUAACUUCUACCAAUUCCAACACUUCUGAAAAUUUGAAUUCACAGACGUCGUCCUUUUUUUAUGACCCUGAAGCUAGCCUAAGGUAUGUCUCACAGUUCACACAUUAUUUGCCUAGUUCAUGGAAUGGUAGGCUACAUACAGUGCAAGUUAAGAAUGAAUUUUGUGAGCUAUUUUCAUUGAAGAUUAUAAUAAUUAUUAAUGAAAUUUUAAGUUUAAUCUUGACGCCUUUUAUUCUUUGGUUCAAGGUUCUGAGUAGUUCUGGUGCAAUUAUUGACUUUUUCAGAGAGUAUUCUAUACAUGUUGACGGUCUCGGUUAUGUUUGUUAUUUUGCGAUGUUUAAUUUCGAACAGAAAGAUAAAAAUAUGAUGAUGGGUUUGAACAAGCCAAAACGCAAACCCAAAAAAUCAAAAAUAACCGCAAAAAAGAAAGCAGCCCUCAAAACUAAAAACCUUUCUGAUGAUAUUGAACUUGACAAUGUGGUGCUGAAUAAAGUUGAUAAGUCGAAACUAAGUGAUUCAGAGACUUCUAGUGAAUCUGAUGACAAUGAUGACGCAGAUAUUAACAAUGAUUAUUAUCAGGAUGAGAAAAUGAUCAAGUCCUAUAUGUAUUUCUUAGAAACUUGUGGUAAUGACAAAGCAAAACAGGCAUCCAAACUCACCACGAAUGCACUGUUACCAACGAAGCCAUCGCGUAUUGCUAAACCUGAUAACACUCACUUGGUUGUCGGAGAUCCUUCGCCCUCGCUUUUGUAUCAGCCUCUAACUUCUAAUAGCAUGGAUGAAUCUUCCUACAAUGUUAACUACAAUAUUGAGGAGCAAGAAGAAGAAUCCAGUAAGGGCAAAAGGUCUGGAGUAUUGGGUAUGAUAAACCAAUUUUACAAGCACGAUAGAAAUAGAUGA